GCACCACUCGCACACAGGCGCACAUGGUGUUAGCUGGGCAGAAAGAGUGGCAUCUCUGGCUACCGGGCUGGGGGCGACCUUUACCAUAGGAUGAAGUAACCUUGCCUUCGGCUGCAAGGUGUACUGUACGUACACAGGUGCUGGUCGAUGUCCACUUCUGCUUUUCUUUCUUUUCUUUUCUUUUUCUUUUUUUUCCCCCCCUUUAAAAGAUAAUUUCCCCCACAGUAAAUUCCAGACUCCUGAGUAAAUUGUUCGUCCAUUUUGAUGGAAUUGAGAGUCUGACAGUUGAACCCAAUUUAAUGUAAAGAAAUUGGUUUUUGAGUGCUUUCUCUGUUGUUUUUUGGAAUUUCUUAAGAUGCUGGCAGUGACUUAAAUCAUUGACCAGUUAUUUAUUAUGCUUAUUUCCUUCGGAAAUAAUGUGUGCAGACAGGAAGUGGCAGAAAGGACUGCACUACUCCGAGAGGAGGAAGCUGUCUCACUAGGCCUGCUGUAAACUUCCAAGCUUAUGGUUAAUCUAACAGACUGCAGUAAGCAUUAGAAUCCUGUCUAGAGCUCCUUGGGAGGCUGAGGCAAGUGGAUCACAAGUUCAAGGCCAGCCUGGGCAUCUUAGUGAGACACUGCUUCAAAGCAAAAAAAACCAAAACAACAAAACAACAACAAAAAAAGAAACAAAAAAAGAAAAACGAAGCAAAACUUAUUUAGAACCUUCUGCACAGUCUUUGGAUGUUUAAAAUCUAAACUAUGUGAGCUUGUUGUUAAGUAAUUUAACUUUUAUGCUGAAAAUGGCUAAUGAUUAUAGUCAGCUUGAAAAAAUAAGACUUAAUUACCAAAAAAAAUGUAAUUAUAUUAUUUUAUAAAAUAGCAUUUUCAUUUGUGUGAUGUGGUUUAACAUCUUUGUUGUUUGCCAACAAAAUUACAUUUGGCUAUGAAAAUUCUCUUUUCUUGCAGUAUCUGUUUCUCUUCCUAGGCUCUCGGUGGUGACCCAAGCCUUUUGUAAACAAGUGAUUAUCUCAAAGGGAGAUGCCAAUGGAGUAACAAUUUGCUAACAUUACAUUUUCUGUCUGUAUCUAUUUUUAAAAAUUGGUAGUUUCUGGAAAAAAGCAAAAGGGGCUUUCCUUUGGAAUAUGGAUAAAUACACCAUGAUAAGGAAACUGGAAGGGCAUCACCAUGAUGUUGUAGCUUGUGACUUUUCUCCUGAUGGAGCAUUGCUAGCUACUGCAUCUUAUGAUACUCGUGUGUAUGUCUGGGAUCCAUACAAUGGAGACAUUCUGAUGGAAUUCGGGCACCUGUUUCCCCCACCUACUCCAAUAUUUGCUGGAGGAGCAAAUGACCGAUGGGUACGAGCUGUGUCUUUCAGUCACGAUGGACUGCAUGUCGCGAGCCUCGCUGAUGAUAAAAUGGUGAGGUUCUGGAGACUUGAGGAGGAUUGUCCAGUACAAGUUGCACCCUUGAACAAUGGUCUUUGCUGUGCCUUUUCUUCUGAUGGCAGUGUUUUAGCUGCUGGGACACAUGAUGGAAGUGUAUAUUUUUGGGCUACUCCAAGGCAAGUCCCUAGCCUUCAACAUUUAUGUCGCAUGUCAAUCCGAAGAGUUAUGCCCACCCAAGAAGUCCAGAAACUUCCGGUUCCUUCCAAAGUUUUGGAGUUUCUCUCCUACCGGGUUUAGAAGGAAGACCGCCUUUCCUGGUGGGGCCUGACAGAACACUUUUACAAGACACACCUCAAGCUUUACCAACCAUAGCAUUUGUUCAUAAAGGCUCGGAAGAUUUAUUUAAUUUGAUUGACUCUUAUACUUCGUUUCUUUUGUUAGUUGAACUUUUAAAGCCUAUUUAUAGACCAUAAGGAGAAAUAUUUCUGAACAUAUCCUGUAAUUUUUUUAAAAGAUUAACUGUGAAAACAUAUACAUACCUGUAUAUAUUUAGAUGCAAGCUGCUAUGUAUUGAAUGGACCCUUUCAGUUUUCUAACUCUUAGUUCUGACCUGUAUAUACUGCUUCAGUAGAGCCAUGGUGUAUAUAUGUGCUGUUUGUUGGAACAAAUCAGUGGAUUUUUGUUCUUUUGUAUUGGGACACUGAGUUUCGAUGAUGCAGAAUUAAAGCAGAAUUGCCUCAUAGGAAAUGGGAUUGGUUAGGAUGGGUGGUGUCGAACUGCCUGGAGAAAGAGAAUUUUUGUAUAUGGCAAAGAUUUUCUGCAAGAAUGGUGUCAGGAAGUUUGAAUGUGACAUUUUUAAAAAGAGCCAGUAAAAAAGGUAGCUAGAAAAGUUGUUUCUCUCUAGGCCUUAAUUUUGGAAAGCAGCUGCUUAUCCCUCAGAGAAUAAAGUAUUAUACAUUCUUGUCAGUUUGAAAAAUACACCUACUGCAUUAUUGCUAAAUAUUUUGUUAAUACUAAGGGACAGUUAUUUUAAGGUUGUGGUUUUUUUUUUUUUAAAGAAACAAACACAUACUCUGUUUCUGCAGAGAAUAUUGGUGACUUACCAAAGAGAAGCAAUAAAAUGUGUCUGCUUUUGCCUUCUGUUAUUUAUCUCAUCUGCUGAUGUUGAGAAUGUAUGCAUUAUGUAAAAUGCUUGUUUUAUAUCUUUGUUGAGUUUUUUAAUUAAAAGAUAAAAAUAAUACAUUGCAAGUUC